UGCAUUUUCUAAUGAUUUUAUUCCGGAAAAACUCUGUCGUCAGUGCUAAGGUGAAUGUGAAGGAUCCACUGGAAUUGAAUUUAAUAGGCCUCCAAGCUUUUUUAAUUUCAACCUAAGCUUCUUGCAAUGGGAACGUGUCAGGGUCAUAACGCCGAGUAUUAAAUGGUUUUCAUAAUGAAGUAUCGAAGAAAAAAAUUGUGUCAAUAAAUGAGCUCUUCGAUCCGAGAUGGAAAUGUUCGAAAAAUAUUUGCCAAGAGACUAUUUUUUUUCGUGGCUCUUUGAAAUCAUCGCAAUAAAAAGCCGAGUCUCGUGGGCUUUGACAUUCAGUAUCGCAAGAGCAGCAAGCACUAGUUUGAAACGAAUCCUGACUCGAAACUCUCAAACUGAAAUCGUUGUACAACCGCAUCGAUAAUUAAAAUGGCAUCACGUCUCGUUCUGGUCUUUGGUCUCCUGCUGGUUUUUGGAAUCGUUGGAGCUAAUUCGGCACCGAUCGAUGAAGUAGUUUCGGAUGACUCCUUGGAGCUAGUUCCGUACCCAUACUCGUUGGAAAAUGUUGUUGUCAGUGCCGAUACAACGGUGCAAAGAUUAAAAAAAAGAGAUGCCCCACGUCAAGGGGAUAUCAAAGAUUGGUUUGCGCAAAGGCAGCAGCCACUUCAGCAUCCGCAACCACAUGUGCUAGUACAACAGGGUCUACAACAGUUUGUGGCACAACAGCAGCCCCAAGGACUGCGGAAUCCAGGACGGAGAGCACCUGGUCGUGCCUAAUACUCAUUCAUUUGAAACAAAAUUUACAUUUGCUGAUUCUCAAAUGAAUUCAUUUAACAACUUCCUUCUGUUUCUGGACUGGAUUCAAAGUGGAGAACUUUUUUUUUUGUCAUUUGUUGUAAUUUUUAAGCCAAUUGCAGCACUAGAAUCUGAAGGGCGAUCACUGGAAUAUCAGCAAAAAAUAAUCAAUUAGCGGAGUAGUAAAAUUUAAUAUUAAACACUGUACAAAAGAGCGUGCUCGCAGUCCUAUAAGUUUGUAUAAUGAAAAAGGUUAGAAUUAGAGUCACUCUUUCGACAACGCACAAUUAAUUGAUAGACCUCAUUAAAUAAAAUUUACUAAAUAAAUAAAAAAUUGCUCUACUUAAACUUUAUCAUCUUUAUUUCGAAAACUACUUCCCAUUAUU